ACGACAUUGACCAUGUCUAAUCGGAAUGAUGCUGCAGGAUCGUGGUAUAGGUAGUUCUCAACACAAUGCCAUGUUCAGCAAACGAAUUCCUCACCCCAAGUCCACCAAAUACCACGACGAUGACGACCAAGACUUUCCCACGCCGCCUGCGAAGCGCGUAAAACGCGACAUUACCGACUUUGUACACCGCACGAGUCCCAAGAGCGCAUCCAAGGUCAAAAGAGAUGAGAUUCCAGACUCGGAGGAUGACAGUGAUAUUGAAGAUUCGUGGGAAGAGCCCAAAAGACAAACCGACAUUGAAACUGCUCUGCCGCCCAUAGAGACAGACAAGGAGGCCAUCCAGGCUUAUGAGGCCCAGAAGGCGGCCGAGCAGGCAGAUCUUGGCUUGCACGGCCGCUUAGAUGGUCGAAAAUGGGUUCGAGGCAAGACUUCAAUCUAUGUUGAUGCCUUCAACUUGGCUUUGGAAACUGUGCUAGAAGAGGAGAGCCACCUGUUCGAUGAGGCAGAACACGUUGUCUUCAAACAGUGGCGGGAGUCAUCAUACGAAGCGCAAUACCUCUAUGUCAGACUGUUCCUUCGAAAGACAUCCAGCUGGCAUCGAAUCAGUCGGCUGGGCUACCACAGCGACAUUGCAGAUCUGCAGGCUGCCAUCGAGGAGCUGCAGAAGCCAAGAAAUCUGCCGCUGGCCUCCUCGCAGGACCCAUAUCAUCCCGGUGAGCUGGAGCCGCCCGAAGGAACUACUCUCUGCGCGAGCUUCACCUUUGCAGACAGGUCACAGGACUGCAUCAAGACCCUAGAAGAAGCGUCUUCAUUGCUUCUGCUGGACGAACUCAAGGCAAUCGCCAAAGAAGUCAAGGUGCAGGGUAAGAACAAGAAGGAGUUGCUGAAGAAUCUGCAAAAGACGAGCGGAUCACAGACCGCUUUGUCGCGCUUCGGCAGCUUACGACGGUCGGACACAGAUGAGACCACAGCAUCACGCGACCCCGACCAAGUAGACCAUAACAGCCGCGAGGCCACUCCCGGUAGGCUCGAGAACCGUGAUGCUCAUUUUCUUGACAAAAUAAUGACAGAGACUGGCCCUUGCAUUCGCCUCUCCGUAGCCGCACUCAAGCUCUUCGAGCGUGUUCACUUGGUCUUUUAUCGCUCGUCAGAGUGGACUGAGAAGUCACUGACCACCAUCAUUCUUGCUCGGAUAGCCAGACGUAAUUUUCCCGAGUACAUCGUCUCUCGCUCUGCCAGCAUCUUUCCCUCUCGGUCCCUACUGCUGGAGUUUGAAGCGUCUGUCCGAACACAGUUCAGGGUUGAUAAUGUGCUAGAAUUCAAUGGGACGCCCACGAAAGAGACACUGCAAGAAAUCCUGGGCCUCUUCGAAGAAGUACUACCGCGCUGGCGCACUUUACUCGCGGACGAGCAGCGCAAAGAAGACAGUAUUUACAGCACUGGCGAAGGUGCAUAUCUGCGACGACUAUCACCCGCCUGGGUGUAUACACGGAUUGUACACAAGGCAGCGUAUGUUCUCGGCAAGCUCAAGGAUCACAAACGAGAACACGAAGUGCUCUGUGAGCUCCUUGGUCAACGACUCUUCCAUACCUCACGACGUGGCGACUGGUAUCAGAGGAAGGCGCUACUGGAGGAGCAUUACAUGUAUCUCCAUCUGUCAUCGCCACCGGCGUGUAAAGAUGUGGAAGCCAAAAAGAAGCACUACAAACGAGUGGCUCUGGGGACUUGUGAGGACGGCUUACAAGACCAACUGACACACCUCAUCUUCCACCGGGACUUGCAAAAGAGGAUUACCAAGCUGGAGAAGAGUCUCAAGAUCGCGAAGAGACUCCAGCAUGACUUCGACCAUGUUCGCUUAGCGAAAGCUCAAGAACGCUCUUUCGAGGGCAUCCGCAUCGAGCGUCCUGCGACAAACGCCAGUAGUCGUCGCAAUAGCGAACAAAUGAAAGCAACCGGCUUCCGCGGCGCAAAAACGAUAUGGCUGGACCCGGCAUUGCUCCAGCCUGUUGACAAGCCUUCAAGUGACCGUUCUCUUAAGCCCGAAGAAGACGGGUCGUCUGCGGAAAGCGACGACACCAAACCUCUCGAGGGCGAAUGUUCAGUAGAAGAAAUGUGCCUCUCCUCCUAUCGCGCCCUGGGUUGGAAAGGCUACCACUCCGAGGGCCGCGUCGUCCGAACCCUCUUCGCCUAUCUCUUCUUCGACAUUCUCUUCCUCUAUAUCCCGAAUGUCUUCCAGACAGCUUACCAGACCUGCCCUUUGGAUCUACACACUGAUGCCUUUUACCCCAGCCGCAUCAGCGAAGUGAAUGCUCGACUGAAUGAAAUCAGUAACGGAGAUGCUGCGGAGCACAUACAACGCGUGUGGGCUAAUCACCACGAACGGCAGACUUGCGUUGUGGGUCUAGACUGGACUUUCGAACUCGAUGAUCUAUUGGAAAUUGCACAGUGUUUCGAGCCUGCGGCAUUGAGUACAGUCAUGAAGGUUAUGGUGCAAGAGUAUGGACAGAGAGGUGGUGGAGUCCCGGAUUUAUUUCUGUGGAGACUGGAAAGAGAAGAUGGGCAAAAGGGGGGAGGAGGUGAGGUUAUGUUUUCCGAAGUGAAGAGCGAGAAUGAUCGGCUGAGUGAUACGCAGAGGAUGUGGAUCGAUGUCUUGUGCUCCGCGGGCGUGAGAGUGGAAUUAUGUCAUGCUGUCGCGAAGGAAGUCAGGGUGAUGAGAUAAGGGAGAGUAUGCGUAUCAGCA